UUGUAAACACCAAGACCAUCAGCUGUUACUGUCAGACAGACCUACAGUACACAAUAAACUUCAAAGUACCGUACUGUCGUGUGUAGUACUGUGACAUUUAUAUUAUGGACAGUUUAAGCUGGAUUAGAGAGUUCCUGUAGAAGCCACCUGGAGAGUUCCUGUAGAAGCCACCUGGAGGUGUUCCUUGACGUCUUGCCAACCAUCAUAAUGUUUCUGGACAUAACUCAAAACCUAUUUAGGCAGAGUCCUGAGGAUAAUUCGGUUCAACUCAGCUGUGGCCUGGCAGUCACAGAUGUGGACAAUGAUGGCCAGCUGGAGAUUAUCGUGGCCGGAUCCGUUGGACCAAAUCUGGUGCUAAAAUACAACCAGGCAGAGAAUCAGUUAGAAAAUCUGGCUGUAGAUGAUCCUACGAGUCCAUACUACGCUCUGAGGGACGUGGGAGGCAACACCAUCGAUGUCUGUGCCUGUGACAUUGACGGUGAUGGACGGGAAGAGAUUUAUUUCCUCAGCCCCAGUCAAGUGUAUGGUGCUAAACUCUUCAAAUUCAGAAAUGGUCGGUAUGAGGAUAUUCUUGCUGAUGAGGUAAAUCAGCAACUUGCAAGCCGGUUAGCUGGGAUCUCAGUUACUUGCAUCGAUCGUAAUGGUACAGGAAAGUAUGCCAUCUAUCUGCCCAAUUAUUCAAGAGGGAAUUACAGCACCCCUUUUCUCAUUGAAAUGGAUGAGAGUCGUAGCGAUGUGGCUAAUGGAGUCGUGGUUCUCAGAAAUGUUGUACAGGAGGCCGGCAUUGCCAAGUUGACUGGGGGGCGUGGAGUUACUGCCGGUCCAAUACUCAGUAAGGACGGGAGAAGCGACCUCUUCUGCAAUAGUGAACACGGCCCAAAUUUCUUAUUUAAGAAUAAUGGAAAUGGAACUUUUACUGAUGUGGCCGCUGAGUCAGGUAUUUCUGAUGCAUAUGAAAAUGGUGGUCGUGGUGUGAUGUUGACUGACUUUGAUGGUAAUGGUAAACUGGACAUUGUGUAUGGCAACUGCAAUGGCCCCCACAAAAUCUUUCUUCAGACUGCUGAUGACGAGGGUCGACCUAAAUUUAGAAAUAUAGCAACGGAGGAAUUUGCUGAACCCUCAUCAAUACGGACGGUGGUUGCUGCCGACUUCAACAAUGAUGGCAGCUUAGAGGUUUUGAUGAAUAAUUUUGCUUAUCGAGGCCCAGCACCAAAUCGUCUAUAUCAAAUAUUACGAAGUGUAAAUGGACAGGAUCCGACCAUCAAGGAGAUGAACAUAGGCAAAGCCCUGGAACCAUAUAGUCAAGGCACAGGUUGUGCUGUAGUGGAUCUUAAUGGUGAUGGAGUGCUGGAGGUGAUUCUGUCUCAUGGGAGGUCGUCAACAAAGACCCUUAGCAUCUUUUCACUACCACCAGAGGAGAAGAUGUCAGAGCGAGGAUGGCUGCGUGUGCGAGUCCUGACACACCAGGGAGCCCCAGCCAGAGGGGCCAAAGUCACCCUACACUGUAAGAGAGGAAGGCAGACUCGAGCUAUUGACACUGGUUCAGGAUACUUGUGUCAAAUAGAACCAGUUGCUCACUUUGGCCUUGAUCAUGACAUUCCAGUGAAGUUGGAGGUGUUGUGGCCGGAUACAAAAUUCAAAGUGAUUAACGUUGAAGCUUCCAACGUCAACUCAGAGAUGCUGGUGACUCAUCCAGGGUGAGAGACAAGCAGCCCACUACCUCAAGGAGCCACACAACUUAUGGGUACUGAUAGAAGUUUAAUCACUCUAUUACUUUAUUUUAGUUCUUAACACAAUGAAGUACAAUACUGUAUAAUUGGUUUGAAUUUACUUGUAUGUGCUGUAUUAUUAUGUAUCUCAUUCAUUGCUGUAAUUUAAUAGAAGAAGUUAGUUAGUUAAAUGUUCUUGUCAGAGUUAUUCUAUGUUCUUUGUUUGUCUUUUCAUUAAUUUAGUUAUGUUGAUGUUGCUUUCUAUCAACUGUGAAAAAAAUAUAGUUUAUGAACUUUCAUUUGUUUCAUACAUAUUAAAGCCAGCCAUUCUACUUCCUAAAGUGAGUUUUUAGGAUUAUUUUCUAAUAUUUUCCCAAUAAUUACCGACUUAGAAAGGUACUGUAAUGAAUAAAUGUGUAAGUGUGCAUACGGUAAUAAUUUUCAAAAAGUCGUCAAUAUACUACACCGUGGUUCAUAACUCACUAAUCAUCUCCCUCCCCAGAUCAUACGUACUUGCUGUCUUAUAAAGAAAUCUAAAAUACAUUGUUUACACUAAAAGAUAAAUGAAAAUAUGCAAACUGCCAUGGGUGAAAGUUGUAUAUUGAGGGCGGUGUAUUAGAGAUUAUAGAAGUUGGGGAAACCACAAAAAAGACAUAAAUGGGAAACUAUAAACUUCAUGGGUUAAAAUGGUGGACUUAUAUUGCCUCUAAUUUAAAUAUGAUUACAAAAUUUAACCAAUACAGUACAGUAUUUAGAGCAGCGACAGUUCUUUUCUCUCCUGGUAGCGCUUCCAUGAAUAGUCGAGGCUAAUUAUUUAAUUUCUGUCUACUGUACUGUACUUAGCAUGAGUGGUACCAUAUACAGUUGUGGUAUCUUUUAAAAUUUCUUUUUGAUCAUUUUGUGGUGUUUCUCCUGAAGGAACAUAGACGUGAUUGUGGUCCUUCAGCUUCUUGUCAACAAUAUGAAGUAAAUAUUUA